AUGUUUAACGCUAUCAUUAAGAGAGGUUUGGCUACUGAAGCCAAGGCUGUUGCUCCAAGGCUAAAGACUUUCAAGAUCUACAGGUGGAGUCCAGAUAGACCUGCUGAAAAGCCACGUUUGCAGGAGUACCAAGUCGAUUUGAACCAAUGUGGUCCUAUGGUUUUGGACGCUUUGAUUAAGAUUAAAAACGAACAAGAUGCUACUUUGACCUUCAGAAGAUCCUGUAGAGAAGGUAUUUGUGGUUCUUGUGCUAUGAAUAUUGGUGGUAGGAACACUUUGGCCUGUUUGUGCAGAAUCGACCAAAAUGAAAAUAAACAAACAAAGAUCUACCCACUUCCUCACAUGUAUAUUGUCAGAGAUUUGGUUCCGGAUUUGACUCAUUUCUACAAACAAUAUAAGUCUAUUCAGCCAUACUUGCAAAGAUCCGAGGUACCUGCAGACGGUAAGGAAAAUUUGCAAAGUAUUGCUGACCGUAAGAAAUUGGAUGGUUUAUAUGAAUGUAUUCUAUGUGCUUGUUGUUCUACAUCUUGUCCAUCUUACUGGUGGAACCAAGAACAAUAUUUAGGUCCUGCUGUUUUAAUGCAAGCAUACCGUUGGUUGGUGGAUUCAAGAGACGAAGCUGCUGGUAUCAGAAAGCAAAUGCUACAAAACUCCAUGUCUUUGUACAGAUGCCACACAAUUAUGAACUGUACUAGAACUUGUCCAAAGGGUUUGAAUCCAGGUAGAGCUAUCGCAGAAAUAAAGAAGGCCUUGGCCGUCGAUUAG